CGGAGUCGUUUCGUCACAAUUAUAAUUUAGAGAAUUUGAAGAGAAAGAUGAAAGAGAUGGAAGAACUAAGUGAAGAAGAAAGAAGGGCUUUGAGAGGCAGCAAAUUUGCUCCUCUCCCUUCUCUGCCCUCUUCUUCUUCCAGUUCCCAACCCAGGUUGGCGCACCCAGGUGGACCUUUGACCACGAACAAGGCGGCGGCUUUAGCCAAGUUCCUUGAGAGAAAACUCAAAGAUCCAAGUGGGUUGUCUUCUAUCAACCCAGAUCUUCUUGAAUUGGCCGUCAAGAAUGCCCAAGACACUGUCAUAACAAGUGGUUCUUCAAAUUCAGGAAGAGUGGUUCGACAUGUGACUUCGUUCGGUGAUUCUGUGGAUUCACUUGAAGAAGUAGAAGUUGGAAAUGCUGAUCCAAAGAAACUCAAGAAGAAAAAGCAAAAGAAGAAAAAAGAGAAAAUAAAGAAGAAGAAAAAACAACAGAUGGUGAAAGAUGAUGAGGGUACUAUUUUCAAAGGGCCCAAAAAGAAAUUGUGAUUAUUUUGUCAUUGAACCAGUAUGUUGCUUGAAAAAUCUACCUGGGGAUCAGUAGCGGCAGUUUUCCGGCGAAGCAGGAGAUUUAAAAUGCCUUCAAUUCAAUGGAAUGAGAUAGGUUGUGCUGAUGCUAAGUAUCAGUCCGUCGGCUGAACCACUGAAAAUACUGGACUUGCAAAAUUUUAUUGUUUUAGACGAUGACAACCAUUUUCAAUCUUGCAAAUCGCAUGUUGUCAAGUUUGUAAUGGAUUCCGUUGAUGGUUGUCAUUUGUCUGUCAACGAUACUGCUCGGUCGAAUACCUCAAAUUUUUUAACUCAACCCUCCUGAAACAGUUGUCGAAUUCCUUCAAAACCUGAAUUAGGUCUGAUAUAUUCAUUGAAUUUCAAGAGACAA